AUGCCCUGCCAGACGGUGCAGACGGUCCUGUUGGACUUGAAGGAGAAGGGGCCCACGGACCAGGAUAGACAAGUGUUGCACGCCGACGUAACGAAGAAGCUCGGGCAAGCCGCGAGAAUUUUGUCUGAUCGCUUUUCACCGACAGUCGCCGUAGCCCUCGUGGACCAAUUUCUGACGAUGGUCAAUGUGCAAACAGGCGGGGUAGGAACUACAACGACGGGAGGGCGGGGGGCGGCUCUCUUCAUGGCCAACCCUGGGACUCUUCGCCUGCCCGCUAGGACAAGUAAUAAAGGACGACCUGGCGCUGCAGAAAAAUACACAAGAGGGGGUAGCCAGAGAGUCGGGUUCUAA